AUGGAGUCUACGAAGAAAAAAGGACGUCCACAACAUCCAAGGGCCAAGGCUAACCCAUUGUCUGCAUUGACUUUUGCAUGGACUCUACCAAUAUUUUGGAGUGGCUUGAAAAAUGAAUUAGAAGAAUGUGAAUUAUAUGAACCCUUAGAAGAACAUGCCUCAGGUCCCCUUGGAGAUAAGUUUGCUCGUCUGUGGGAGGAGGAAGUCGCUAGCGCCGAAGGAAAGCGAACGCCGAGCCUCCUCAGAGUGAUCCUCAGAGCGUACGCCGCAAGAUGUAUGCUGUAUGGUUUUGUACUAUUUUUGAUGGAAUGUGGAAUUCGAAUCGCGCAGCCCGUUUUCCUCGGAUGGCUGGUUGAAUACUACAGUCCUGGUCAGCAUACGGUGGAGAGAAAAGAUGCUUAUAUAUAUGCGGCGGCAGUGGUUCUAUGUUCUGCGAUUAACGUAUUUGUAGUUCAUCCCUAUAUGAUGGCUAUUCUGCACAUGGGCAUGAAGUUCAGGGUCGCUUGCUGUUCGCUUAUAUAUAGAAAGUCUCUUAGGUUAUCGAAAACAGCGCUCGGUGAAACCACUGUUGGGCAAGUGGUGAAUCUUCUGUCCAACGAUGUGAACCGUUUCGACGUUGCCGUCAUUUUUGUGCACUACCUUUGGAUCGGGCCCUUGGCGACAGUAAUUAUUACGUUCUUCAUGUGGAAAGAGAUCAAUUGGGCAGCAUUAGUUGGCGUAGGGUUCAUGCUGGCAUUCAUACCAUUACAGGCAUAUCUAGGCAAGCGUACAUCCGUUUUACGAUUAAAAACGGCAUUACGUACGGAUGAGCGCGUCAGACUCAUGAACGAAAUCUUAUCGGGGAUCCAGGUCAUUAAGAUGUACACGUGGGAAAAACCCUUCGCGGAUCUUGUUGCCAAGGCGAGGAAGCAAGAAAUAAAACAGAUCCGAGCUACUUCUUACAUCCGCGGAGUGUUGACUUCUUUCAUAAUGUUUACUACUCGGAUUUGUUUAUUCUUUUCAAUUCUCGCAUACGUGAUGGAAAAUAACGUUAUAAGCGCCAAACAAGUGUUCGUGGUUACCAGCUUCUAUAAUGUUCUUAGGCAGACAAUGACUGUAUUUUUUCCACAAGGUAUAGCUCAAGUAGCUGAAGCAACAAUCUCUAUAAAGCGUCUGCAAAGCUUCAUGUUAUAUGAAGACACUAGCAAACCAGUACCAGGACUUGCUGAAAUUCUUACAUCUACUAAGAAGAAAGUCAAAGAAUUAAAAAAAGAACCAAGAGAAUCUGCCACAUCUAUAAAAGCAGGCUUGGAAACUGAUGAUGUAACAAAGCCUUUGAAAGAAGAAGAUAUAAAGAAAAUGGACGAAGCUAUUGGCAAAGAAAAUGAUAAAAAUAAUGCACCGCUGGAAUCGGGAGAGGAGGAUAACGAGGAGCUGGCGACGCGGGUGGAGGAGGACUCGCGCGGCGUGCGCCUCAAGCACGCCACGGCCAAGUGGAUCACGUCUCACGCUGAGAACACUCUCACCGACUUGUCGCUCACCAUCAAACCUGGCAAGUUAAUAGCAGUAAUAGGUCCAGUGGGAGCGGGAAAAUCGUCACUCCUGCACGUGCUACUCAAAGAACUCCCACUACAGUCCGGUAGCGUUCAUAUCGGCGGUACUAUAUCGUACGCAAGUCAGGAACCAUGGCUAUUUGCAGGUAGUGUGCGUCAGAACAUACUGUUCGGGCAGGCGAUGGACAGGCCGCGCUACAACGCCGUGGUGCGUCGCUGCGCGCUCGAUAGAGACUUUUCACUGUUUCCGAACGGCGAUAAGACGGUCGUGGGCGAAAGAGGCGUCAGUCUUAGUGGAGGCCAGCGCGCGCGCAUCUCGCUGGCGCGCGCCGUGUACAAGCGCGCGGACAUCUACCUGCUGGACGACCCGCUGUCGGCCGUGGAUGCGCACGUGGGCCGCCACCUCUUCGAGUCCUGCGUGGUGGGCUACCUGCGCAACGCCACGCGCGUGCUCGUCACCCACCAGCUGCAGUUCCUCAGAGACGUGGAGCAGAUUAUCAUAUUGAAGAACGGCUCAAUAGCUGCCGCGGGUGACUUUGAAACUCUUAGCGCGUCCGGGCUGGACUUCGCCUCGUUGCUGGCGCAGGGGGAACAAGAGAAGAGAGAAGAUGAGAAACCCACGGAAGAGAAGUCUAAUAUCGACAUGGAAGACUCGGUAUUGCAAGGAAGCUUCAGGAAACGGCAAAUGAGCAUACAUUCUGUAAGCUCAGUAGAUAACCUAACAGCAACAGCGCCGCCAGAGGGCGGGCGCGAAGCGGCAGAGACGCGGUCUGCGGGCGCGGUCUCGAGCAAGGUGUACGGCGCGUACCUGCGCGCCAGCGGGCACCCGCUGCUGGUGGCGCUGAUGGUGCUGGUGGCGGUGCUGGCGCAGCUGCUGGGCUCCGGCUCCGACUGGUGGACAAGCUACUGGGUAAAUCAAGAAGAGGAUCAUCCAUCAUCGGUAUUGAACGAACUAGACGGAAGAAACCUGUCGAACCCACUUAUGAUCUAUGACAACUUCACCCACUCCUUACCUAAAGAUGCUGCAUUCAAAUCCGGGCUUACUAGAUAUGACUGCAUUUAUAUAUACACAGCAAUGGUGUUGGCACUAGUGGUAGUGUCCCUGCUCCGGUCGUUCAUGUUCUUCUCCAUGGCGAUGGACGCGUCCACGCGCCUCCACAACACCAUGUUCGCGGCCAUCACGCGCGCGCCCAUGCGCUUCUUCCACACCAACCCCUCGGGCCGCAUUCUGAACAGGUUCUCCAAGGACAUGGGCGCCGUGGAUGAGGUCCUGCCCGCUGCUUUACUUGAUGUAUUGCAGAUAGGGUUGUCACUGAUCGGUAUAGUGGUGGUGGUGGCGGUGGUGAACUACUGGCUGCUGGUGCCGACGGCGGCCAUCGGGCUCGUGUUCUACGGCCUGCGCAUCUUCUACCUCGCCUCCAGCCGCAGCAUCAAGCGCCUCGAGGGUGUGACACGUAGCCCUGUGUUCUCGCACCUCAACGCGUCGCUGCAGGGCAUUACGACGAUACGCGCGUUCGGCGCGCAGGAGGCUCUCAUACGGGAGUUCGACAACCAUCAGGAUCUUCAUAGCUCGGCUUGGUAUCUAUUCAUAGCAAGUUCCCGUGCCUUCGGUUUCUGGCUAGACCUUGUGUGCGUGGUGUACAUAGGCGUGGUUACGCUUAGUUUCCUCGUGUUUGGACAAGAGGAGUACGGCGGCAACGUGGGGCUGGCCGUCACGCAGGCGAUGGGGCUGACGGGCAUGUUCCAGUGGGGCAUGCGCCAGUCCACCGAGCUGGAGAACCAGAUGACAAGCGUUGAGAGAAUACAAGAAUACUCGAACAUAGAAUCUGAGCCGCCACUUGAAUCAGAGCCCAAAAAGAAGCCGCCGCCGUCCUGGCCGGAGACGGGGCACUUGCAGUUCCGCCACGUGUACCUCUACUACGCGCCGGAGGAGCCUCCCGUGUUGAAGGACCUCACCCUGGACAUACUGCCCAAGGAGAAAGUCGGCAUCGUCGGCCGGACUGGGGCGGGAAAGUCCUCCCUUAUCAAUGCUUUGUUUAGAUUGGCAAAAAUUGAAGGCGAAAUAAUAAUAGACGGUCGCGAGACGUCAACGUUGGGUCUCCACGAACUGCGCAGCCAGGUGUCCAUCAUACCGCAGGAGCCCGUGCUGUUCUCGGGCACCAUGAGACACAAUCUGGACCCCUUUGAUGAAUAUCCUGACCAAGUUCUGUGGAGAGCCUUAGAAGAGGUGGAGCUGAAGGAGGCGGUGAUGGAGCUGCCGGCGGGGCUGAGCUCGCGCAUGUCGGAGGGCGGCAGCAACUUCAGCGUGGGGCAGCGCCAGCUCGUGUGCCUCGCGCGUGCCAUCGUGCGCCGAAACCGCCUGCUCGUGCUCGACGAGGCCACCGCCAACGUCGACCCGCAGACGGACGCCUUAAUACAAGCGACAAUAAGAAAUAAAUUUGCUGACUGCACUGUACUCACCAUCGCACAUAGACUGCACACUGUUAUGGAUUCUGAUAAGGUGUUGGUAAUGGACGCGGGCCAGAUGGUGGAGUACGACCAUCCGCACGUGUUGCUGCAGAAGGAGAACGGCGUGCUGCGCGGCAUGCUCGAGCAGACCGGCCGCGCCACCGCCGACGCGCUCGCGCGCGUCGCCGCGCAGGAAUAUAACAAGAAAUACUCACAAGCAGAAGAUACGAAC